CAUAAAAAGCUAUUACCUCAAUCCUUUAUUAUUGAAUCUAUUACAUCUCUUCAAGAGCGGACUCUAUUAGUUAGAAAACUUGCUCUUUUUUAUGUUUAUACUUGCAAAAACUCUGAUGAACAUAAAUGUAAAGUUCUUCCAUCUGAUACUGAACAUAAUUUCCAAAACCUCUCUACAUAUUAUUUUGAUCAAUCUUUCAAAAAAUUUUCUGCUUCCAUCUUUGACAAAUCAAGUCCAUCUAUCAAGUCUAAUAAACCAACAUGGACUUAUCCUAUCUUAGACUUCUCAAUCUUCUAUAAAGAUAAUGAACAUUCAGCCUCAUUCAAAAUUCCAAUUCCAAUUAAAUUUCUUUAUGAACUUGCUGAUUCUGCUGAAAAACAAUUCAUGAAAUCAACAAAACCAAUCAUAAUAUUAAUUGUCAAACCUAUUACUUUUAUGAAUACUUUAAAGCCUUUCUUCAAGCAGCAGCUCAAAAUGACAAAAUCUUCAACUUAA